AGGCCAGCACGAGUGACAUCAGCCUCAAGAUCCCUGAAUCCGUACAUAGUAUUUUUUGUCGUUGUCGCAGUGGUGGUGAUCCUGGCAGUGAUCAUAGGUCUACUUGUCUACUUUUUAGCUUUUGAUCAAAAAUCUUCCUUUUACCAAAGCAGCAUUCAAAUCCUGGGUGUUCAAUAUAGUGAUGAGUUAAGUUCACCAGCUACAGAGAAAUACAGGACUUUGAGUGGAAAUAUUGAAUCUAUGAUUACUAGAACGUUCAAAGAGUCAGAUUUAAAAAAUCAGUUCGUCAAAGCUCAUGUUGUCAAACUGAGGCAAAGCGGCAAUGAUGUGAUAGCAGAUAUUAUCAUGAAAUUUAAAUUCACCAGAAGAAACAAUGAAGCAUCAAUGAAAAGCAGAAUCGAGUCUAUUUUACACCAAAUGCCAAAUAACUCUGAAGACGUGACAAUGAAUCCAACUCAGUUAAUAUCAUUAACUGGCCAGGAUACAGUACAAUUGUUCACUCGAGAAUGUGGGGUCCGCUCAGACCUGAUAACAUUGUCUGAGGAGAGAAUCAUGGGAGGCAUUAAAGCUGAGGAAGGAGACUGGCCAUGGCAAGUCAGUCUACAGUGGAGCAGUUCUCACCGCUGCGGAGGAGCCUUGAUCAGUAAUACGUGGAUCCUGUCAGCAGCUCACUGCUUCAGAAGCUACUCUGAUCCUCAUCAAUGGAUUGCCAACUUUGGUACUUCCACAACAUCUCCUCAACAGAGAGUAGCAGUAAGGAGUAUUUUAAUCCAUGACAAUUAUAAUCCUGAAACUCAUGAAAACGAUAUUGCACUUGUACAACUUGAUAAAGAAGUCACCUUUAACCGAUAUAUUCAUACAGUGUGUCUCCCAGAGGCCAACCAGGCCAUUUCUCCUGGUUCCACUGCCUACGUAACAGGAUGGGGAUCUCAGAGUUAUAGCGGCAGCACAGUUACAAAUCUAGAACAAGCACGGGUCAAUAUAAUAAGUAAUUAUUUAUGUAAUGCACCAGCUGGUUAUAAUGGAGCUGUCCUGUCUGGAAUGUUAUGUGCUGGAGUACCUGAAGGUGGAGUGGAUGCAUGCCAGGGUGACUCUGGUGGCCCUCUAGUACAAGAAGACUCACGGCAACACUGGUUCAUCGUGGGGAUAGUAAGCUGGGGGUAUCAGUGUGGCCUGCCAGAUAAGCCAGGAGUGUACACGCGAGUGACAGCCUACCGUCACUGGAUAACCCAAAAAACUGGGAUCUAG